UAAAAAUUGUUAAUAUUACAUUGUCAUCUAUUUCAAUAUAAUAUUUUUUUUUCUUUUGAAGAUAAACUAUGUGUCGUUAAAUAUUACAAAAUUAAUUAGUUUUUAAUGUAGAUUAACUAUUCAUACAAAUUUACGAUAUUUUUUAUUUGAAAAGUACUAAUAACAUUUUACGACAUUUAAAUAAAUCUAUUAAUUUUAGCAAUAAUCGAUAGAUUUAUUAGGAUGAAGUAUAAUAAGGCUAAUUAAAUAAGUCUCUCUCACACACCACACACACACACAUUCUCUCUCUCUCUCUCUCUCUCUCUCUCUCUCUCUCUCUCUCUCUCUCAAUCACAAAAAAAGUAUUUAUGCAUCAUAAAAAUACAUUCGUAUAAGUAUCUUUCUUAUGGCAGUAUCCUUAGUUAAUAAGCUCAUUCAAUUAAAAUAAACAAUGUACAAAAUUUAAGAAAUAAAUCAUUUAAAUGUUAAAUCUAUGAAAGAUUUAAUUGUAAUAAAGUCUGAUAAAUAAUUAACUUAUGAUACUGAGCUUAUAUUGACGUUGGCAAAUAUGUUGUUUACUUAUUUACAAGUAAAUGCAUAUAUAAAAUAAAUACGAAAGGGCAUAAAUCGAUAAUGAAACCCCUCUUUCGUAUAACGAAUGAAUCAUCUGUUAUGAUCGGAUUGUACGAAAAAUUACUGUAUACUAUCUCAUAACUUUGAUCGACGUAGUCGUGAAAAGAUCGUAUAUUGGUUUACAUAAGUUUAAAAUUAAACAAAAUUUACGGUGUUGAUUGAAUUAAUCUGUACGGUUGUCCGUAUAAAGAGUUUUUAUUCAGUGAUUAUUACUUUUAACGUAUCGACAAAAUUCGUGUUACAAAUAAUAAAUAAUUAUGCCUGUUACACCGGAAUCACUGCGUAAUAUUUCAACUGGUUUAAUUUUGUUGUGCAUCAUUGGUACGAUAUUGUCGUAUUAUGCUUAUAUUGUGGAAACAACAAAAGAAAAUAAUGAUUCUUAUGAAGCAUUAUGCGACAUUAAUGAGCAUAUAAGUUGUAGCAGAGUAUUGACGUCCGAAUAUGGUAAAGGAUUUGGAUUGAUACCAAAUAAUUCUGUACUAUACUUUCCAAACAGUUUAUAUGGUUUAGGAUUUUAUCUUUUAAUAACCGGAUUGAGUAUAUUGAACGAUCACUCCAGUGUCUUCACAAUAAUAUUCUUAGGAAUUUUAUCAAACAUUGCUUCCAUUUAUCUAGCUUAUAUUUUAUACUUAUUAAGAGAUAUCUGUAUUAUUUGUAUAAGCAGUUAUAUCAUUAAUGCUCUUAUCUUAAUACUGGCAUUUAAAAAGUUACGACUAUUAUCAGAAAUCAAAAAGACCAAGCAAAAGGUUCAAUAAGUUAUUAUUAAUAUUAUAAUGAAAUCAAAAACUAAGGAAAUUUAAUUUUUUCUGUUUUACAUAUAUAUAUAUAUAUGUAUAUAUAUAUAUAUUUUAUUAUUUUUA